UUGGCGUUGUCUUUCUUUGGAUUCUAAUUCCAAGUUAGAUUGUAAGUCUGUUUAAAGUCGACUUGCGUACUAAUUAGUGUGGAUAGACUGGGUGCCCAUCCUGUUUCAUGGUUGAAGGCUGUAAUCAUCCACAGGCAGAUGGUAGUUGGUGUCAUCGAAAAUGGCUAUCAACAUCAAUCGAGAGGUUGAAGAUACCUUUUACAGGUAUAAAAUGCCGAAACUUACUGCCAAGGUAUGGUUUUAACUUUGUAUUGAGUAUUUUGUAGGUAGAGGGCAAAGGGAAUGGUAUUAAAACAGUCAUCGUAAAUGUGUCAGAUAUCGCCAAAGCAUUGUACCGAAAACCCAUUUGUAUGUCUUUUUUUCACUCUGUGAACUCCUUUAGAUCUCACUAAGUUCUUCGGGUGUGAGUUAGGGGCUCAAAUCCAUGUAGACGAGAAGAAUGAACGCUAUAUCGUUAAUGGUGCUCAUCAAGCAGAGAAAUUGCAGGAACUACUAGAUGGUUUCAUUAAAAAGUUUGUGUUGUGCCAGAGCUGCGGGAAUCCGGAGACUACCAUGCACGUCAACAAACGAGGAGGUACAGUUGCUACAACAUGUAAAGCAUGUGGCAGUCAGGGACAGUUGGACGUUACUCACAGGCUGACCCAGUACAUAGUCAAAAACCCUCCAGAACCAGAAGCUACUCCAGCUAAAUCUAAGCAAAAGAAAGGAAAGAAGACGAAAGGUGAAAAUGAAGGUAAGAUAACUAAUAAGCCGUUACUGUCAGAUGACGAUAACGAAGCAAACACUAAUGGAGAUGAGAAUAGUCGCAGCAGUCCUGUUAAUGCUGAUGAAGAUAAUGAAGAUGACGACUGGCUAGAGGACACUACUGAGGAAGCGCGACGUCAGAGGAUCAACACUUUAUCAGCCAUGGCAAAGUCCCUUGCUUUGUGUGACGACGUGGAGCGCUCUGAAACGGAGAGAGCAGAUAUUUUCUACAAACACUUGUCACAGAUGCAUCAGAAUGACAAAGUCCUGGCAAACCGUAAAGAGGUGAAACUGGAAGCCGACCGUCUUAGUCUUGGUCCACGUGCUGUGUUGGUUAUCGCCGAGGUGUUAUUUAAUAACCCAUCUACUAUUCUGAAUGAUAUAAAGAAAUACGCCCCGUUAUUACUUUUGUUCACUCGGUCGGGUGAAGAUCAGAAACGAGCCCAAAUGUACACAUGGGGUGCCAUGGCGAAGCUUAUCGAAAGACAUUCGGAUCAAAAUCUAAUAGAUAAGGCGUGUCAUCUUCUUAAGACAUUGUACGAUUGUGACGUUAUCGAGGAAGACAUUAUUUUGGAUUGGUACGACAAAGGAGUAAGUACUUUAUUUAAGCUACAUUAAAUCAUAGCCUUCAAAAAAAUUUGUAUCUCGCGAGUUAAGUGCAAAAAUACUGGCUCGCUGCUCUCCUAUGGUGACAUGGUUGCGACAAGCUGAAGAGGAAGAGUCGGAAAGUUCUGAAGAGGAGUCUGAAGCUAAUAACCACGCAGUAAUUUAUUUUAUUAACUGACUCGCUCUUAGAUUACUCAACCUAUUAAUGGGUCAAACAGUGCCAAGGUUCCUGCCACUAAUGUGACGGAUGAUGAAGAUGACGAUGUGGACAUAGAUGCUAUAUAAAACGUCACACCAAACCGUGUUGAAUUACUGAGCUACCAAGCUUUAGCCCGUCUCUGAUUCCUAAUUUUUUGUUUUUUUCUAAUAAAUAUAUUCCUGUCUGGUAGUUU